AUGAGGCAGUUAAGGAUGUCUUUUGAUUCAAUCCCCGUUAUAGAUCUCGGAGAAGCCUUUACGGCGGACUCAAAAUCGAAGUUCCUAGAGAAACUAAGGUAUGCCCUCAUAGAUGUCGGUUUCUUGCUGCUGGUAAACUACGAGGAAUAUGGCCCUUCCCAGAAUGAUUUUGCAGAUAUAAAGCAGCAGGCGAUAGAAUUUUUCGAACUUCCAGAGCAAGUCAAAAAGGACUGUGAGAUGAUCAACUCUCCCCAUUUCUUGGGGUAUAGCAGAUUAGGCAAUGAAAUCACGGCAGGCAGAGCUGAUUACAGGGAACAGAUUGAUCUGGCAACCGAGCUUCCUGAGCCGCAAGAAGGAGAGCCAGUGUAUAAGCAAAUCGAGGGUCCGAACCUGUGGCCAGACGAGAAAUAUGCCCCCAGCUUUCGACUUGUGGUGGUUAGAUAUAUAGAGCAAAUGACAAAGCUCGCAACAACUUUCAGAAGACUCGUAUGCGAAGCGAUCGGUCUUCACCCGAACAGCCUAGACUCUUACUUCAAGAGCAACCAGCAAUGCAAGAUGAAGCUUAUCGCAUACCCAGAGGAUCGAACGGGCACUUCAAACCAAGAGGAAAGUUAUUUUAACCAAGGAGUCGGCCCUCAUCGUGAUUCUGAUUUCUUAACGUACAUUUACCAGGCCACAGAGCACAGAGGCUCCCUUCAGGUGCAGAAUUUCGAGGGCAAAUGGAUACCGAUCGGCAACGUGCCUGGAUCUCUAGUUGUGAAUGUUGGGCAAACUCUUGAAGCUCUGACAAACGGAGUUUGUAAGGCCACUAUCCACAGAGUUGCCAGCCCUCAAUCAGGCUUGGGAACCAGGUUGUCUAUUCCUUUCUUCCAAACCAUAGAUCUCGAUUCUCACAAGAGUGCAGCGGCUGGAAUACCGGCCGAUGUGAUGCAAUUAAAGGAAAGGAGAGAUGAGCGCAUUAUUGACUGGGGAGCUGACGUCGGAUUCCAGUUCACGCCGGACAUGAGCAAGAAUCCUGUCGGUUACUCAGUUUUUCGCAAUAGGAUCAAGUCACAUCAAGAUGUGGCUGCAAGAUGGUACCCGGAGAUAUUAAAGCAGGUGCAUACUGAGUACUCUGCCUAA